AUGAGGUGUCUUUGGACACUCGGCAAACCCAACUGCCAGAAUAAGCCUGCACUAACAGAGCCAAAAAACAAGGGUCGUCACUCUGCUAUUGCUUCUGUGAGAGAGACUAUUUCUUUGAAAAUAAAAUUUCAGAGCAUAGAUGAUGAUGGUGGUACUGAUUGGGCGCCUGCGGAAUGCAAGAAGCAGAAGAUGAUGAUGAGGUUGAAGAAGAAAAAUGUCAAUGAAGGACGGCUUGGUCAACAAGAUCACUCCGAAGAGGAAAGAAAAGAACCAAGUAGUCUUUCCUCAUCAGCUCAUCAUGACUUGCCUGAAGCAUUCAAGAGAAAAAUUGACAGUUUGGGUGGGAAGGAAGUGGCUUUGGUGAUAGAGAAGGAACUGACCAAAACUGAUCUAGAAACGAGUGGUAACAGGAUGUCAAUGCCUCUGAACCAAAUCACAUCUGGUCGACUGAUUUCUUGGAAGACGAUGAGAGAGGUAGGCUUUAGAAAGAGGAGACAAUGA